CCCACUCGAGACGACGCUGAGGCCAAAGUGCCGCCUCUGCAGCUGGAACAAGGAUGCAACGACCUCUGCGGUGCCAGCUCUGCACCUCCUGGGCAUAAAUCGCUUUCGUCCUGUCUCUCCAGCCACCGAAGCCUGCGGCUUUUAAAACCAAGGCCAAGACCUUGACCGGCCUCAUCCAGAAGCUGCGUCGGCCCGAGAUGGAGACAGCUUCGUGCCCAGCCGACGAGCAGAAGCGAGAUGACGGAGGGAGCGUCGCCGCCGGCCGUGCUGGCGGCACGUCGCUGCGGGGAAACUCAAGUUUCUUGUAAAAGGGGAAGGAUGGGAAUGUUCUUUACCGAGGGGCCACUCGGCGAGACCUGCUGUGCGGCGAAUAGCGCCGUCAGCGCAGAUAGAGGAGGGGUUGGACCUCGCCAUCUAUAUAAAGAGAACCCGCUAAGCCGGCAGUCUUGGAGCUGUGAGGUCCACGCGGGGACCAGCCCGAGGAUGAAGAAUCUCCUUUUUGCCGUGCUCUUGGCUUGUGGGCUGCUGCCGGCUCGCGGCAGCGUUUUGGAGCUGGAGCGGAUGAUCAAGUCGACCACGGGGAAAAGCGCCCUGCUCUCCUACAGCUGGUACGGGUGUUUCUGCGGCAUCGGGGGCAGAGGGACUCCAGUGGAUUCCACCGACCGGUGCUGCCAUGCCCACGACUGCUGCUACAGGAAGCUGAGAGAGGGCAAGUGCAGACCCCUGAUAACCCCCUACCACUUCGACGUUGCCGACGGAGACAUCGUCUGCAGUAACGAGCAGAGCUGGUGCAAAAGAGAGACCUGCCUAUGCGACAAGGCGGUGGCUUCGUGCUUCGCGAGCACUUUGCAUUCCUACAAUAAAUCCUACAGCUUCUAUUUCAAGCUGAAAUGCCGAGGAAGUAAGCUCCAGUGCUGAGGAGGGGAAAUCUGCAUGCAAGGUUGCAGAUUUUGACUGGUUUUCCCCAUUGCUAUGGCAAGAAAAGCCUGAUGUGGGGGCUGAACGGAGCCGGAGCCAGCAAGGCUGCCCACAAGAUGAUGCUCAGGGUGAGAAAGGGCACGCGCACAUUAUGGAUGGAGAUCCCCCAGUUCCCAAAAAGACACAUCAGCUUCCAUUUUUUUGUCCCUUCCUCCUCUCUUUUCUCUCUCGAUUUCAUUUCCCG